AUACUUAUAUAUAUUAAUUAUUUUUAGAUUUAAUAUAUAUAAAAACAUCCAGAAUAUAUAUGAUACUUUUAAGUUUGCUUAAAUGCUUGAAAAUAUAUACAAAUAAUCAAACGUAAAUAUCUUAAAUAGUUAAAAUAUACUCAAAACUCCAAAAAUACUUAAAUUAUUAUUUAUCCUCUAUCCAACUAUUUAAACCAAACCUACUUCAAUUGAUUAUCCAAAUCCGAAUCAAAUCUUCAAAGAUUUAAACUGAAGACGAAAUCCAAAAAAAACCCGAAAACAAACCCGAACGCCCACCCUUAAUCACUAUUUUAUAUAUCCUAUAUGUGUCAUCAUAGGUUACAAAAUACGUGUUAUCGUAUAAUUAAUCGAAUUUUAUGCGUACCAUCAGAUACGUUUUUUUAUAAUUAAUAAUAUUUUAUACGUACAAUCAUAUAAAUAAUCUCAUAUAUUUUAUUUUAAAAUUUAAUGUGAAAUAUAAAAACCGUAAUUUAAGUUGGUGUUUGAAAUUGGACUUUGUAUUGUAUUUUUCUUAUAUAUAUUGAAAAUAUUUUUAUAAUAGUUAUUGGAAAAUAUGUUAGUAAAAAUCAAAUUUUGAAUAUAUGUAUAUUUUUGAAUGAAUUUUUGAUAUAAAUCAAUUUUAAAUUAUUAUUUUGAUUUGAAUAUAUAUAUCAAGUAACAUAGACUCAUUAAUUUUUAAUAUAAUGUAAUGGACUUUCAAUUUUUUAGUAGCAUAAACCCAUUAUCUUUUUUCCUAAUUUACUGCUAUUCAUGUUUCCAAACAAUACUAUUUUUUUUAACUACUAUCCAUAUUGCCAAACAAUCUCAAUGUGUACUUCAACUUUAAUAAUAUAGAUAUCCAUCCACCAUUCAUAUUGGCUGAAAGCUUACGUCUUAUGUAGGUUGUGAAGCUUGUUGUGUUUCUGCUUACAGCUUGUGUAGGUUGUGAAGCUAGGCACUCGCUCUCCGCCUCCUCAAAAUUUCUAAAAGAUCUUUGUUGAUUGAGUUGGUUACACUAAAGGACACUUUUUGUCUUUCCUUUACAAUGAGAGACACUUCUCACAUUUGACACACUUUCUGGUGAAAACUAUGUGAUUUUUUGACAAUUUUACCCUUUAAUGAGAAGGAAGAGAUGUUUGUGGACAUGGAUGAAUGAUAUAUAAAUAUUUGUGGACAUAGAUAUAUAAAUGUUUUUGUUUGUGGAGAGAGUAAGUUAUGGACAAACAAUUUUAACGUACAUAUCUUUUAUAUCUAUAUUUUGUAUAAAUGAUAUUGAUUAAAUAGUAAGAGUGAUAUUGUUUGAAUCAAUGAAUUGUAGAUAUACAAACUGUGGAUGGAUUAAUCGUGGAUAUCAUAGAUCCACUAUCAAUAGAUUGAUAAAACUAUUUUUGUGGAGUAGCAAAAACAAAGUACAUUAAUAAAGCAACAAUUUGAGAUGAUCAUUCAUUAUAUUUGUACAAUAAGAACCAAUGAAACAAGAAGCACAACAAAAGAUGAACAUAUUUUACAUCACCUCUUAACUGAAUCAAUAAAGGUGGAGUACGGGUAUCAAAUCAACAACACAUAAGCAUGACAUUGGUUGUGGACGGCUCACCUGCAACCACUUCACCAAGCAAGACAUCACUAGAAGUCAUCUAGUCACCAGAGAUCUAUUCAACCAUCUAUACAUAACCCAUCCACGCUCCAGCUAUCCACACACCGCCUAUCCACGCAACCCCCAUCCACACGCUACCAGUACACAUCUUUUGCAGAUCUGGAUUUUGAAAUAAGACUUUCCAGAUCUGGAUUUUGAAAUCCACAACAACACUAAAAAUCUAACAAAACAAAAACGAGAAUUGAUUAACAGAAUUUUGAAAUCAAACUCAUAACAACAAAAAGAUCCUAACUUUUUUAACAGAGAAAAUGUAUAGACGGAGAAAGAGAAAGAGGUUACUGGAAAAAUGAGGAGAAGAGAACCAUGAGGCGGAGCCGUUCGUGGAAGAGUAAAUGACAAAGAAUACAUAAAAAGAGGAGAUGAGAGUGCCGAUGAUUACGUCGUGUAGAUCGUCACGAACAGAGGUUUCAAAUUCACCGCCUCUCGAAACCCAUUUCGCCAAGCCUCCACCAUUAAUCUCUCAAUUUUUAAAUAUCUCCUUCAAAUCUUCAUUACAAAAGAUUUGUAUUUGUCAUAAUUCUUUCCUUUUCAAAUCUCAAUAAAAUAGAAAAGAAAUGUUUCGGAGAGAAACUUGAGAAUGAUGAAGACAUGAUGAAGAGAGGAAAGAAGAAGGUUUGUUUAGGUUGAUGCCACUUAGGGAUAGUAUUCUUGAUUCAGUAAUUUGUAUACCCAGUUUAUUUAUUGAUAACGACAGAUGCAUCCAGACUUAGAGAGACAAGAGAAAAAGUAAUUUUUGAGUUGAAAGAAGGGUAUGAUGGACAAACAAUACUAAGAAUGUGCCUCUCAAGUGGAAAGUGUCUUUUAUUGUAAAUCUAAAGUCAUAAAGUGUCUUAGGGAGUAAAAAAUUCUUCUUCUAAUAGUUUUUCAUUACGGGCUUUCCUAACUUAACAGACUAUCUUUCUUUCUUUUUUCGUCGAUAACAGACUAUCUAUGAGUAAAGAUCAUACAUGUAUUUUCAAAAUAAUUCAUAUUGGUAUACACAUUUAUAUCGAAUUUUAGGUUCAUCUUAGCAUAUGGAUUUUUUAACAUAUGCACACAAUAAAUAUGUGUUAUAAACUCAAAUACAAAUUCUAUAAUAAUCAAAAAUUAAUAAAAUAAAAUCUAUGAAAAAUCUAGUCUUAUGAAAUGAUUGCGAAAUCAUCCACCAAUUCCAUAAGAUUAAAGGAUACGUUUCAAAAAGUUUAAUCCCAAAUAUUCCCUUACUAGCAAAUGUAAUAUUCGAAUUCAAACAAAAAAAAACCUCAUUUUAAUUGGAAACUUUAAUACCCGUAAAUAGUAAAUUUUCAACUUCUUCUCCGAAGUUUUAGUUUAACAUUUGAUUUGUUCUUCUUUUAACAUUUCCUUCUUUUCUUUUGGCUGUGUUUCAAUGUCUCUCCUUUCUCAUUCUAUUCUCUUUGCAUAGAUCAUAAGCCAAACUAAAAAAAAAAAAACAAUGAGCGAAUCAAUGAACCAUCAUCACAUGUCUUUUACAAAGAAACUCAAAUCAACGUUUUCCAUCGCCGGGUGUUUCCGAACGACCAACCAUCCCCAAAGUCUCCCUGAACAACCACCAUCUCCGACAACUCCAAAUGAGACAUCUACACAAAGCCCCACCAAGACCAAAUCUCCUAGACUCACUCGAACCUUGUCCAAAUCGCACGAAAAAUGCAAAAAUCUGAUCCACCGGAUCGGGGAAGGCGGACACGGUAAGCACAUUAGACGUCACACGACGGAUUUUCACUAUGAUCCGUCGAGCUAUGCGCUUAACUUUGACAGGGGAGACGAGGAUCAAAAUGUUAAUCGUUUUCCACGUUACAAUUUCUCCUCUAGGCUGCCUCGUUCACCGCCUUCCUCCGCCACGGCAACAGAAUCGUCGUUCACUAUUCAUAACCUUUUGCGGUGAUCAUUGUUUGACUCAGAUUUUUUAUUUCGUUGUGUUGUUUUUGUUCUUCCAAAAUUGUGGAUUCUUUUAUGUUUCAAGAAAGAAAAACUUACGAGAACUGAGCAAUGAUAUCGUAGGCCUAAUAAAAACAAAUUUGUAAAUAUUGUAUUUUAUUUUUAUCAGUUUCAGCGGGUUUCAAAAACUUUUGAUUGAUAUCCUAUCUCUCUCUUAUGUAACUUGAGUAAAAACUUCUUUGUAGUAAUAACUCAUAAUCUUAUGGUAUGGAGAACUCCACGCGGCUUAUCAGUACGCGUACGUUCGUAGUCUGUUUUGAACAGGAGACCUGCUCCGGUUAGCAACAUGUUCUAAUCAGCUCCGCAACUCAAACUUUGUAAUAAGGGAACAACAUGUGUUCCUUUACUUUCCGUUGCCCACAUAGCGCCGAUUUUUUUUUGUUCCCAAGCUCUACUUUUCUGAUUUCAAGAAUUUUCUCCAGAGGACUGUUCUUUGGCUUCUUUGAAAACGCAGAACCUGUACAGAAAGACCCUGAACACGAUUACUCAAACCGCAAACAGUCAUUUCCCGUUCGUGGUUUUCGUCUUUUUGACCAUUACAUUUUUUGUUUCUUUGUAACUUACUUUAUUUAUCAUUUAGCAAAAAAAAACAAACUUACUUUAGUAUUUUCUAUAUUCACUAAGAUAAAAACAAACUUACUAUAGUAUUUUCUAUAUUCACUAAGAGUUUUAAUUUUUGACAAUUAUAUACGCAUUUAAGUAGUUUUAAAAAUGCGUAUAUGGCUGGAUAUUCACUAAAGUUGCUACACAUGACAAUAUUCUUUGAAGAUAGAUUAUUUCAAAUUUACAACCAUGCGUCUUCCACUAGCAGGUUAAUUCCAGAGAAUAAGUCAGAACCCCCAUAAGCUCUUAAUCUUAAGCUACUAGCUGAUGAAGAACUUGAGUAGGAUUAAAUAAUAAUGGUUUAGAGUACAAGCAUGAUUGUGGAGGAUUACUAUAUGUGCAAUGCAAUGAAGGCUUAGUUAUGCUCAAGUGAGGUUAGUGAAAGUAGAAAACAAACAUAAAAUCUGAAUAUCUCAUUCAACAAGGAAACUAGAAUAGAACCAGUGCCAUGUGCGGCUAAAUUUCAUUUGAACAUUUAUUUUGUUCUAUAGAUUGUUUGAGUUCGUUUUUUCUAUCUUCUAGAAGUAUCGUAAGUUGUCACUGGGAUCUGAAAACCGAAUAUAAGUCUUUGUAUAUGAAGUGUCAGCCAGAAGUCGAUACCAACUCUAACUCUAAAUUAGUCAUCUUAAACUACUAGUCCUAAUCUUAAUUUUCCAUCCAGUUUUAAAUAGUUUGAAAUCUGUUAAAAAUAUUUUAUAUAAUAAAAUUUAGAUGAUUUAGAUGAACUCGUGUUUGAUAGUUCAAAAUUAAAAUAUAAUAUAUGAGGUCCAAAAUAUGAGUCUAAUUUAAUAGAUUAGAUAUUUUUUAAUUUUUUUCAAAUACAAAUGAAUAUUUUUUAAAAAAUUCUAACAAAAUAGUUUAAAAAUUUAUUUCCAAAAAGCAAUCAAUUUGAAUUUAAAUUAUCAGUAAAAUAUAAUGAAAUAUUUUAUGUGAUUUUAAUUUCAAUUUUUAAAUCAAAAUUAAAUUAAUUUUAAUUUUAAUUAUAUUUUAAUGAUAAUCAGAAUUUUAAUUAAUUAAUUACGAAAAUAAAUUGCAAUAAAUAUUUAAGAUUUUGUUAGAAUUUUUGAAGGAAAGCUGUUUAUUUGUAUUUCAGAUAAAAGAUUAAGAUAUUAAAAGGUAUUGUAAUUAAAUUAUGUGUAAUUUGAUAAAAAAUUUAAGGAAUGGUCAAAAUAAAAAAUCACACGUAAAAAAUCGUAAGACUCUAAUUUAAUAGAUUAUAUAUAAAAAAAAAUUAAGUUUGUCUUCAAGAAAUGAAAAUACCGAGUGGUUAAUUAAUGAAUAUUCUUGAGAAAUGUGCUCUUCUCCAUGCCGGCAAACAAUUGAAGUAUUCAAUGAACAUCCUUGCUGAACAACUCUUGCCAAAAUUCACUAAGAAAAUGUAUCUCGAUCACUGACAGUUGACCUCAAAAAUUCAUGUAGCUAGUAACCUUGAUCCAAUAACAUUUGAACAAAACAAUAGAUGUAACAAUAUAAGGAUCCAAAUCCAUGAGAUGAGCAGCCUUGCUCAGCCAAUCUCCAUGUAUUAUCUUUCUUUUUAACCAGGACCACCGAUGAAGCAUAUGGAUAAGCAGUAUGCUGAAUUGUCCCUUCAAUAACUCUUGAGCCAUGCAAUCAAUUUCAUCUUCUAAUACACAAAAUAUAUAUAGGGUUUUGGUUCAGUGGGUUAGCUCCAUCCAUGAGUUGUAUCUUGUGAUUGUGGUUAUUCCUGAAUCGAGGCAACUGUACUAGUUCCUCAAAGCUAUCCUUAAACUGCAUGGUUAAUUCAUCCAAUGGGUCAUUAUGAUAUUGAUUGUCGUUGUUACCAUCGAUUGACGGGUUAAUAUUGUUCAUAUGUAACUGAGCAUCUCAUUCCUUGAUAUUUUCCAAUGAUAUGGACUUACCUCAUGUAUUGAUCCUACCUUAAUGUCAUGUAGUUAUUCUUUUGUUCGCCCACUGUAUUUCCAAUUCGUAAAAAUUACUAGUUAUGCGGCCAAACUUAACUUGUGCAACCAUUGUAUUUUCAAAACAAUGCCAUGACAUCCUCAAUGGUAUUACCAUCAUGAAAUCUUGAAAUUGAUAAUUUCGGAACUUCCAUUUGAACUACUCCACACACUGCAAUCUUACUGCCAUCAGAUAUUGAUACCUGAGACACUUUCUUUUCUAUAAAGUUAUGUGUUGACUCAAAAAUUUUGAGGAUAUACGACGUCUUAUUCUCAUACAUUACUAUUACUCUCAUAGUAGUUUAAUCAUUGACACCUACAAUUUGGUUCACUGAAAUAUGAGUAUAUCACACUCUUCCAACACCUCAUAUGUUCCUUCUGCAUCCUUAGUCACAUUGCUUUUUUCAUACUCCUCACACUCCAUUAAGAACAAUUGUUGUUUUUUUUUUUAUUCAAGAAGUGUUCCGGUGCAUACUUCUCGUCACAGUAGUAACACAUUCCUUCUAAAAUGAAUUCACUCAUUUUGCAUUGAAAAAAAAAUUUCCUUAAAGGUUGUCAUUGCUCUUUAGGCUUCACUAUAUCUCUAGUGUUAUCGACUUUCAUAUCCUUCUUUCAAGGUAGCAGAUCUUUGCCCUGUGAAACAACUGUCUGGCCCUUAUUAAAUGAUUAUCAAAAUUGAAAAGGCUUUUGUGAAGAUGAGCUUACUCAUCAUAUAAACGCCCCAAAAACUAAUCAUUGUCUUGUCGUUUCAGGUCUAAAGGUACGAAUGUGCAUUUGAGUAUCACUUCUCAACAACGUCAAGUAUGCACUCAUCAAAAAAUCAUAUGACAUAUGAAUAUGUGACUUAAUCAGCUCAAAUUUAGCAUGAUACUAUAGUAUUCCUUAUGUCUCUUUUAACUAUUUCAACUCUGCAAUCAGAUAAUCAAGAAUUUCAUCGGAUCUCCUCUAAUCAACCAUUUAUAUAUGUUCUCCAACUACACAUCUCUUUGUUCAUCAUCAUGUAUCACAUAGUGAUGCCAAGUAGCUCCAUCUAAAUGUAAGGAUGUGAUUCCUACCUCAAAUUCUUCUUGAGUAUUAUCAACACAAAAAUGUUAGCUUUGUUUACCAUUUCUCACUAUCAAAUCUCAGAAAAUCAAUUUUUGUUAAUUGUGUUAACUUGUAUAAUGAUUAGGCAUUAUUCCUUGAAAAUUCUAAUGAAGAAGAUGUUCACUUUGGAUAUUCCGUGUCGCUGUUAUUGCCGACAAUUAUUCUGAUCCUUAGUGUUAGAUGUAUUCCUCACACUAUGUGACAUCAUCUUGAUCGCUUCAACCAUAUCAGCAAUUCUCGAGCAAUUAAAUAGUUAUGUGAUGCUACUGUUCUAUCCAGUGACAGAGCUUGAUCCAUAAUUUGAUUGAAUCAGUGCACCAUUGCUUUCUCUGCUUUGUGCAUCACUUUUUUCUCAAAAGAGCUUGUGCUUGUGUUUCUACAAUGGAAUUCGCCAAGAUCGUUGCCUCUAAUACAGUGACAGAGGUAAACACAAUCUCCAUAUAUGAAGAUCAAAUUUCUGUUCGUAAAACAACAGCUCGUAGCUCAAACAUAAAAGGUUACAAAUUAAGAAGAGCCUUCAAACAAAAUGAAACGAAGUACGGAUUGUAUUAGAUUUCAAGAGAAGAACUACGAUGGAUAUUUCUGAUUGAAUCUAUGUACAAAAAUGAAUCUACUAUUUAUCUUCUUUGAACGAGUUGUAGUCAUUCAGUUAUGUUAUAGCCACAUUUUGACCAAAUGUUGGUUGCUCCCAACUGCCUCAACCGGCAUACGGCUAAUACCAACAAAACCACUCAACUUCCUUCUUUUUAUUUACUCUAUCAAAUUACCAUACUUAAGAAGACUCACAAGAGUUGAAAAAAUGAUAUUGUAUGCGUAAUUGAUAAACUGUACAUGUGUAUUUUAUUUGAAUCAGUUACAGUAAUGUUUUGAAAAACUUUUGAUUAAUCUCUUAUCUCUCCCUUAUGUAACUUCAAUUAAACUUCUUUGUAGUAAUAACUCAUAAUCUUAUGGAGAACUCAACAUGGCUUAUACCUUCGUCUGUUUUGCACCAAAUAUUUGAUCAUCCGUCAGCAGCUCUGUUAAAGUAAGCUCCACAACUCUAUCUUUGUAAUAAGGUAACAUAUGUUCUUUUGCCCACAUCAAGACAAAGAUUGGUUGCAAGUUCUAUUUUAGUUAUGAAGAAUAUUCUUUGGCUGCUUUAAAACACAUAAUCUGUAAUCAAAGACCAUGAACACAUCACUUAAACUGGAAAUGGUUAUACUUUUCCUUAGUCUAUUUUGCACCUAAUACAUGAUCAUUAGUUAGCAGCUAUGUUCAAGUUAGCUCCACGACUAUAUCUUUGUCAUAAGUAACCAUGUGUUAUUUUGCCCACAUAACGUUUAAGUUUGGUUACAGCUCUAAGAAAUGUUCUCUUGCUCCUUUGAAAACGUAGAAUAUGUAACCAAAGACCCUGAACAUAUCACUCAAUCCGGAAACGGUCUUUUUUCCUUUUUUUUCCAUUUGUGGUUUUCAAUUGGCAAUUACAUUCUUUGCAAAUGUUUACAAAUUUACAACCAUGCACUUGAACUAAAUUAGAUUUUCAUCUUCAUUUGAAAACACAAGAUUAUGUAAAUUAUAACUACAUUCAUAAUUUAUAUACUUUGAGUUUCUUAUAAUUUUAUUUAAAUUUGCGCAUUUUUAUAUUAAUUUUUUUUAAAGUUUAAGCUUUAAAUUUGAAGGAAAUUAUAAUUACUACUCUAUGUGGAUUUUAUUAAUUUAAAUAUAUAAAUUAUAUGAAAAUAAUUUAUGAGAAAUGUUAACUUUCAGUUUUAUUACAUGUGUAUAAAUUUAGAUUUCAAUUUUUGAAAUAAACCAAAAUCGUUAAUUUGAGAUGUUAAUAUAUAUUAAAUGUUUAGAUUUGAUGAAGAGUAAUUUUUAAUAUAGAAUGCAAAAAUAUUUGUAAUUAUUAUAUUAGCUAACCCAUAUUAUUACACUAUAUCAUAAUUUAAAAAUAUUUUGCUUUUAUAAAGUAGUCAUUAGAAGUUUAAUAUGUAUUGCGUUAAUUUAUAAUAUUUCUCUUUUAUGGAAUAACAUAUGUUCACACUAAAUUUUAUUUAUGUAUUUAAUAUUUUAUAGUCUAGUUACAUUUAUAUAUAUAGAAACUAUAUAAUAAUAAUAAAAAAAGAAUAAUAAUUGGUUUCUUAGUGUGUCUGGCAUUGUUUGAAACAGAAAAGUACCCCCUUUUAAUGUCUUAAUUCGUCAAUAUUUGGUUCUAUUAAUAUAAAUGAGUAAAUGUAUUUGCUAAAUCGUUUUAUAUUUGAUUAAUGUAUUGUAUGAUUGAUGAAGUGAUCCGUAAAAAUCUAUAAUUGUAAGAAUAUCAACUUUAAUCCGUUUCACUAUACUAUAAAAUAAUAUAAAUAAAAGUUAAAUCUUAAAUAUUUUACUUUUACAAAGUGAAUAUAUAUUUAUCUAAUUUUUAAUAUCUAAUUUUUUUAAAAAAAAUAUUUUAUAAAUUAUAGUUAAUUAUCAUAGAUUUAAAUUUUAAUUUUUAACUAAAUUUAUAAAUGAAAGUAUAUUGUAGGGCUUUUGUUAUUUUGUGCGUAUAUGUAAUUUAAUUUUAAAAAGUGUAAUUUAAUUUAGUUUUAUAAUUUACAAAUUAAUUAAGAAGUUAAAUUAGUUUAUUUUAUUUAUUAUUUAAUUUUAUAUUUUAUAACAGAAUAAAGUUAUAUAUAAUAUAAUAAAUUUUAUAUUGCAUAUAUAAGUCAAAGUUAAAAUAAUAUUAAUGUAUAAUAAUUAGAGUUUUAUCCAAAUCAAAUUUAUACCAUUAUUGAAUAUCAUGUUAUUCCAAAUAAACAUCAACCAAACCUACCCUUGUUUAUUCUAUUUAUUAUUUGGAGAAGAGUAUCUACGAAGACUCACACCGGAGGAGUAGAGUAUCUACGAAGACCCACACCGGAGGAUCUUUAAUGACUGCUCGAUAUUGGAGAGAAACGCGGGUUUCCUGGCAUGGUCGGAAGCAUUGACUGUAUGCAUUGAGAGUGGAAGAAUUGUCCAACCGCUUGGAAAGGACAGUACGCACGUGGAUCAGGAAAACCGACUAUUGUCUUAGAGGCUGUGGCUUCACAAGAUCUUUGGAUUUUGCACGCUUUUUUUGGUCCUCCAGGUACCUUAAACGAUAUCAAUGUCCUCGAUCAAUCUCUUGUUUUUUAUGACAUUUUAGAAGGUCGGGCCCCAGGGUAAAGUACGUGGUCAACGGACACACGUAUAAGUUGGCGUACUACCUCACAGACGGUAUAUAUCCAAAAUGGUCAACAUUUAUCCAAUCUAUCACACUCCCUCAAAGUCCUAAACAAGAGUUAUUUGCUAAAGUUCAAGAAGCAACCCGAAAAGAUGUGGAGCGGGCUUUUGGAGUACUACAAUCCCGGUUUGCGAUCGUGAGAAACCCGGCUCUUACAAUGAACAAAGCAAAGAUAGGAAAGAUUAUGAGAGCAUGUAUCAUACUACACAAUAUGGUAGUCGAAAAUGAACGAGAUGGAUACAUUCAUUACGAUAUAUCUGAAUUUGAAGAAGGAGACGUCAACAGAAGUUCAGAGGUCGAAACCGAGAGGCCUACAAAUCUGAAUAAUAUGUUUCCCAAUCGGAAUGAUCUUCGUGAUAGGCAUAUGCAUGAACGAUUGAAGAAUGAUUUAAUCGAAAAUAUUUGGAACAAAUUUGGUGAUGAAGAUUAAUAAUUAGUGUUUCUUGAUUUCUUUAUAUUUAUCAUUGUAUCUUUUUUUUAUCAUGCAAUUAAUAAAAUUUAAAUUUCAAUUUAUAAAAAAAAAAAAAUUUUGAUUCGAAUCCUUAACUAUUCAAACAAAAACCAAAAAAACAAAAAAUUACUAUAAUAUUCUUAAGGAUUAAUUUUGUGAGAUGUUUUUGUGGGAAAUUGUUUCUUAUAUUUCAGGACGAACCGGGAUAAUGUCUUCUUUCUCAUUUGACUACUGGUUUUUGGCUGAAGUCACUGCUUCAAAUCUAAAAGAAGACAAAUUUGUGAGUCAAUUUAGUUAGUAAAAUAAAUGGUUUAAUCUAUUAUGUGUCUUUACGUUAUUUGUUUGCAGUAUCUUCCUGUGGGAGCUACGAGUUCUACUGCUUUGCACAAACAAUGCCAAGAGACGAUACUGGUGAACAAAGAGGGAGAUUCAUGGAACGUGAGUUUGCGAUUUAGCGAAUCAGGCGGCAAGUAUUACAUCACAAGAGGCUGGAGAAAGUUCUGUCUCGAUAACAGAUGCGAGAUAGGAAACUUAUUUGCGUUCAAUGUGGUUGGAGAUGGAAAAACUACUCCAUUGAUGUGUGUAUGUCCGGAAAGAAAAUAGUGCUCUGAAAUACUGAGCAAAUACUUGAGCAGAAAGAGUGGUGAGUCUUCAUUAGGUGGUGAUUCAUAAUCAUGUUGUAUUUUAAUAUUUAAUCAUCUUAUAAACUCUUAUGUGUAAUCUUUAUAUUUAAUCAUGUUUUUAUUUAGGAAUUUUUCUAUCUUUAUGUAAAAUUAUUGUUUUUAUCUUUAAUUGUUAUAUUUUUAUGUUUAAUUAUUGUUUUUAUGUUUAUUUCUUGUAUUUUAUGUUAAGUUAUUCUAUUUAAUCAUCCAAUAUAUGAAAAUUAUAUUUCACUAAACAAAAAAAAAAAAAUUAUUCCUAAAGAUUCCUACUUCGAGAUCAUCAUUGUACACACAUUUUUCACAAGAGUCCUUAGCUAUUCAAAAAAAAAA